CGUUGCGCGCGCACAGCAUCUGCUCGAUGCUCGACCGACCGAUUAUGGCGGACAGGCAGUGAAGAAUGAUUGCCGUCUUUUCUAAAUCGGAGAAUAUCGACAACAGCCAAUGGCAUAAACCGGGUUUUUUGUAAAAAUUGUACAUUGUAAAUAGUUCUGUGUACAUAUAGUAAUUAUAUUUGUGCUCGUUUUUGUUUAGAAUUUGUGUGAAUAGUGUAUUAUUUUGAGUGUUUAUUCAGUUCAGUUUUCGACGCCGACAAACCGAAACCUUGAAGAUAGAUAUUGAAGAAUACAUUAAAUCGAACGUCUGAAUCCAAAAAUCCUUUAACUUUCAUUUGAAAACCAAUAUUGGUAUCUUUCUACACCUUUGUUUCGAUCCGUCAAGAAAUCUACCGUAUCUACUUGCAAUAUUUUGGUUUUCAUUAGCGGCUGUCAUCGUGUUUCGAUAAAACUAUUAACUGCCAUUUCAAAGACAAAAAGACUGCUGUUGUCGCUAAAUGGCUUUGAUGUUUACUAUGCAUUUAUCGUAAAUAGUCUAUUUGAUGAUGUGAAUCGAUUUUACUUCGUAUUUGGCUGUUUGAGAAGUGUCGUUGGUAACAAAGGCGUCGAGAAAUUGCUUGUAAUUAUCAAGGAUUGAAGUGAAGUGGAACUGAAUGCUCGAACCUCACGGUAGCCCAAUGAAGUGGCCGGGCUCGGGAGCGGAAGAAGAUGCGGGUGAAGCAGGGUUGCAGAGCACGCGCGCCUCGCAAGCUCGCACCCAGGACGAUGUCGCUGUUCAUUAUGUAUUCCAGCGAGAACCCCAAGAGGGCGAAUUGGCCUCGCUAGCACCCAAACAACGCUGGGCAGUCGGCGAUGACUCUGUGAAUGAGAAUCAAGAUAAAUGGAAAAAUCCCACACCAAUUGCAAUGAAUAAUAUGCACCAACAAGGUUCUGCUGUACAGUUAAAGAAUUCUCAAACCCAACAACAGUUUAUCAAUCAAGCCAUAGCUUCUUCGGUUGGCACUCUGGCUAUCAACCCAUCAGUUAUUGGGAGUCACCCAGCACAUUUAACUACUAAUAUGGUCCACACACAAUUAGCGCCAUUGCAAAAUCAUACUCUGGGAAACAGUGCUAUGAUGCUACCACCAUUGCAAGGCAUGCAGAAUGCCCCACAAUUAGGACAACAAGGGCUAUAUGAUAUGCACCAACAUCAUGGCAAUCCAAUGCCUACUAUGAAUGGCAUAGGCAAGAGUGAACAUCUGAUGUAUUUGGGCCAACCUGGAAUGCUUGCACCGGGGACGAACCAGUUCCUGCAGCAAGGACAAAACCAGCUAGGCCUCACACCAGUCGCUGCCAUAAGAAAUCAGAUUGCACCUGCUGCAAAAAAGCUCUGGGACAAAGGGCCUGGCGCCGGCGGCGACAGCAAGGGUCCUCCCCACCUGCCUCCUCUGCAACUUAACCCUGAGCAAAUGUGGCGCGAUCCUACUUGGUCUGCUCAAGCAGUGGAGCACAAUGUUGGCGUCCCAAUGAUGAGCACACGUCGUGGAGUCGCUUUUCCUGGAGGAGAUGCUGGCUGCAUUCUGUCACCUCGCGAUGCUGCAGGGCUCGGAGUCAAGAUGGUGGAAUAUGUGCUGGGUGGGUCUCCUACUGAAGCAGGCGGCGUCGCGACAGGCGGCGGUGGCGAGAAGGUGGGCGGCGUGGUGGCGGGGCUGCGGGGCAUGGUGCUGGAGGAGCGCGCGGAGGACAAGUCCGCGUCUCCGUUCGACAAGGAUCUGCAUGAGCUGCACGAACACGGCGCGCUGCCGAACGGACUCCACAAUGGACAGGAGGACGAUAAAGCUUUCAAUCGCACGCCGGGUUCGCGCCAGCCGUCGCCGGCGGAGGAGGAGGUGGCGGGCGCGCACGCGGGCGUCCGCAACGGCGACGCGGCCGCCUUCCCGCUGCUGCCGCCGCACGCGCUGCCGCAGCCGCAGCCGCUGCACCAUCUGCCGCACCUCUCACAUCCGCAGCACCAUCCCGGCAUGCUCGGCGUCGCUCCUCUUCAAGGACUACCACAUCCACAACAUGCGCAAAUUCAUCCUGGUAUGACAUUGAAUGACUCUAUGAAUCAACACAUCGAACUCGUUUUACAAAUGGAGCAACAUCCUCAGUUUGACAACAACAGUUUUGCAAGUACUCAACAGUACGGGUCGACGGGCGGCGUGUCGGGCGUGUCGGGCGUGUCGGGAGUGUCUGGAGUGUCGGGAGUGUCGGGAGUGUCGGGCGCGGGCGGCGCGGCGGGCGGCGCGGCCGCGCUGCUCAACGGCGCCGGCGUCGUGCAGCCCGCGCCCGACUCCGCGCAGCACCACCAGCCCUUCGACGUGCAGCAAUUAUUCCGGUCACAACAAGCAGCAGCGGCGGGCGGGCAGGCGGCUGCGGCACAACUACAGUUGCUCCAGCAGCAGCAACAACAACAGUUCCAAUUGCAACAACAGUUAGCCGCACAACAGGCUUUCACUCAAGCGCCGUAUGUGAUUAAUGCCGGGCAAGAGGGUGCGCCCUACGUGAGCGCGUUGAUAGCGGGUGUGCCACCUCAGGCGUAUUACGGCGUCGCAGCGCCAUGGGGCAUGUACCCGAGUCUAGUAGCCCAGCCCGCUCAGCAGCAGGCGCAGCAGCCGCGGCGGCCGCUGACUCCCCAACAAGGGGAGCAGCAGGUGAAUGGACAGGGACAGUACGUGAUCCCGUACUAUGACGCCGGAUCUCUAGUGAUGAGCGGGCGGAACGGCACGCCGCUGCGGCUGGUGUCGCCGGGCGGCGUGCUGGCGCAGCGGCAGUACCAGCCCGCGCCCGCGCACCCCGCCGCCUCCGCCGCGCCGCCCGCGCCCGCACAACAACCGCAACAAGCACUACCUGGCGGCGGAACGCGGCGCGACUCUCUGGAGUUCGGCGGCGGAGGGCCGGCAGCCGCGCUGCAGGAGUACGCGCGCAAGUGGGGGCCUUCGCCGCUGUCGCCCACGCUGGCGCCCGCGCUCGGGCCCGUGGGGCUGCGGCCCGUGUCCGCCGCGCCCGGCGCUGAAACCGCCAAGUACAGAGCUGUGAGCAGCUUAGCACAAGGUCUCACGUCAAACGGAAUGUUCGGAUCUUCAUCUUCGUUACUCAGCAAACUCAGCGGAGUGGGAACUAUCUCAGAGCUCGUGGGCGCGGGCGUGGGCACAGUGGGCACAGUGGGCGCGGUGGGCGCAGUGGGCGGCGUGUCGGUGGGCGCGCUGGUGGCCGACAAGCCGCCCGCCGGCCGCUCGCGGCUGCUCGAGGACUUCAGGAACAACCGCUUCCCCAACCUUCAGCUGCGCGACCUCGCCAACCACAUCGUUGAGUUCUCGCAGGAUCAACACGGUUCUAGGUUUAUUCAACAGAAGUUAGAACGGGCCACAGUUCAAGAGAAACAAAUGGUUUUCAACGAAAUUAUCGGAGCCGCUUAUAAUCUCAUGACUGACGUGUUUGGCAACUACGUCAUUCAAAAGUUUUUCGAAUUCGGAACCACUGAACAGAAAACGACGUUGGCGCAAAAGGUCCGCGGUCACGUGCUAGCGCUUGCGCUGCAGAUGUACGGCUGCCGAGUGAUCCAGAAAGCUCUUGAGUCGAUCCCCGCAGAGCAACAACAAGAGGUGGUGCGCGAGCUGGACGGACAUGUGCUCAAAUGUGUCAAGGAUCAGAACGGCAACCAUGUGGUACAAAAGUGUAUCGAGUGCGUGGAGCCGUCGGCGCUGCAGUUCAUAAUCACGGCGUUCGCGGGGCAGGUGUACGCGCUGUCGACGCACCCGUACGGCUGCCGCGUGAUCCAGCGCAUCCUCGAGCACUGCACGCCCGACCAGACCGCGCCCGUGCUGCACGAGCUGCACUCGCACACCGACCAGCUCAUACAGGACCAGUACGGCAACUACGUGGUGCAGCACGUGCUGGAGCACGGCGCCGCCGAGGACCGCGCGCGGCUGGUGGCGGCGGUGCGCGGGAAGGUGCUGCAGCUGUCGCAGCACAAGUUCGCCAGCAACGUGGUCGAGAAGUGCGUGUGCCACGCCUCGCGCACCGAGCGCGCGCUGCUCAUCGACGAGCUCUGCGGCUUCAACGACAAUCGUUCGUUCCUCAGCGCGCUGCACGUGAUGAUGAAGGACCAGUACGCCAACUACGUGGUGCAGAAGAUGAUCGACGUGGCCGAGCCGACGCAGCGCAAGGUGCUGAUGCACAAGAUCCGGCCGCACAUCGGGUCGCUGCGCAAGUACACGUACGGCAAGCACAUUAUCGCCAAACUGGAGAAGUUCUUCAUGAAGGCGCCCGAACUGGGCCCCAUCGGGCCUCCGCCCCCGAACCCCGUCUUGUAGUCUGUGUAAAGUAUUAACGCCCGCGGUGAGGAACUAGCGACGGCGCGCGCCCCCCCGCCUAUUAUAAAUUUUGUGAAUAUUUCGAUUGUACAUUUGUAUCUAUAGAGCGGCGCCCUGUACAUAUAGCGGCAGACUGAUGUACAGAGACUAACCGUAACUGUAUACUGUAACCAUAGUUGUACAGCGCCGACCGAACGCUCGGCCGUCGCCUCCCCGCGGCGUAGCGUUUAUUGCGUUUCUAGUUCUAAGUGUUCUAGUAUUACUCGUUGUUCGUAUGAAUCUAUGUAUAAAUAUUUGAACGUCUCAUUCUCGUGUAAUUUAUGAAUCGAAGGAAAGCGAGCGGUCGAUGAACCCGUGCGUUUCCGUAAUUUAGCGCGUUGUAGAUUUACUAUUAGCUGGGCUAGGGGACCUUGAAUCUUCUAAAGUGAGGAAGAAAUGCCGCAGGCAGUUCUAGACAAUCGGCACUAUAGUCGUGAUUCUAAUAUUAUUUUGUAAUAUUCAAGUCAGCUCUCGUUUAAGUUUAAAACCCGGCUUUAAAAUCGUACAUAGCUUAUCGAAUAUUGUUUAGUGCCGGAAUGUAUAGUUUGUCGAUUAUAAUUUUGUGAAAAUGAUAUUUUUGUAUAUUUUUAUGUGUAUAAGUUAUUUAGUUAGUCUCCGAAAGUGGAGCGAGCGCUUAUCGAGUGAACGAUGCUUAUGUUAGUGUAGAAACGUUAGCGGUUAGGUUAUAGUGAUGAUUGUAAAGUCCUGUACUGAUAGUUGUAGUUCCGAGGUCUACCUUCUGCCGGUCGCACGUCACAAGCGUAGCUGCUCCUCAUUCCCCGUGUAAAAUUUUAUAGGAAGCGUAGUUUCCUACGUCACCUCAGAUUUUUUACGUCUAGAUGUAAUUGAAAAUAAAAUUAUUGUAUAUGGCUGUACAAAAAUGUUAACAAAAUGAUUUGUAAAACCUGUAUGUGAUGGAAUAAGGCGAGGCGUCAGGGGUGGCGAGGUCUGACUGAGCGCCGCGUCGGCCGCCUCGCCCGUAGGUUGUACUAGAUAACAUUUAUAUGAUGAUCCAUAUAUUAGACAUUAAUUAUAAUAAAGCAUUUCUGUAAUAAUAUUACAAAGAA